ACAUACCUCAAUCCCCUUCAUAUUCUCCACACUCAAUUCACCCACAACAUAGCUAGUGAACAGUAUCUUCUAAGCAAAAAAUGGCUUCAAGCUCCAUAGCCCUUUUCCUGGCUCUCAAUCUCCUUUUCUUCACAACUAUCUCCGCAUGCGGUAGCUGCACUCCGUGCGGUGGUGGUUGCCCCUCUCCCAAGCCAAAACCAACUCCUAAACCUAAACCAACCCCAAGCCCUAGCUCUGGCAUGAACAAGUGUCCCAAAGACACUCUCAAGCUCGGUGUCUGCGCCAAUGUGCUUAACGGCCUCCUCGACUUGACUCUCGGCAAGCCACCGGUCGAGCCAUGCUGCAGCCUCAUCCAAGGACUCGCUGAUGUUGAAGCAGCCGUUUGUCUCUGCACCGCCCUUAAGGCUAACGUUCUUGGAAUCAACUUGAACCUCCCAAUCUCUCUAAGUCUGCUCCUUAAUGUUUGCAGCAAACAAGUUCCUCCCGGCUUCCAGUGCUAAUCAACCAUAUUCAUAUAUAAUUUAAACACACUUAUGUGUAUAUUUAUCUUCUUGUUUUGGACAGGCAAGGUGAUUCUAUAUACUGUACUCUUAUUUAUUGUGCCUUUUUAUAUUUGUGAGUUCUUAUUCUAUUCUUCUUCUUAUGGUGUUCAUUGGAGUCUAAUAUAUUAUGUCUCUGUCUGUGUGAUCCGUGAGAUUCUUGAAGUUCAGAGUUUCAUUAUUUCCUGUUAAUUACUCUUAUAUUGGGGUGGGGAUAUUGAUGUAUUGGUUCUAUUAUGAUUUUAUGAAUUAAUAAAAGCAUUUAUUUAUUAUGUUAUG